AUGGACACGGAAGAGAAUGCCGCAAAUAUGCGGUUCAAUCAAGAGACGGCAAAACGCCUGCAGGACGAGCAUCCGGAGCAGUUUGUGACGCUCGUGCGAAUGCACCUGUCGUUUGUGUUGGAUCUCAACACGGAUACAGAAAACGAUCCCGUUGAGGUGGACAAACAGAAGAACAAGAAAUGGAAAGGGUUCCACAAGAAGGCCAAAGGCUGUACCUCGGUGAAGGCGACGUCGCCCGAGACGGCAAAGACCACCCUGACCACCGCAAUCAUCGACAACCUCCGGCAGCUGAUUGCCUUCCUCGAGCAGGAACACAACAUCUCCCAGGAGGGUAUAUUUCGUAAAACGGGAUCACUCACGCGUCAGAACGAGCUAAAGAACUUGCUCGUGCAGGGAAACGCACUGCACCUCGAUCAGGGUGACUACACGGCACACGAUUGUGCCAGUGUGCUGAAAAACUUCCUGUCCGAGCUCUCGGAACCGCUGCUGACCGAACUGUACUACCCGGCGUACCGGCAGGUAGCGGAAAGCUUCACUACCAAAGAGAGUGAACCGGGCCGUGGGGAAGACUGGCUGCUGAAUGCGCUCCAGCUACUGUUACUGUUGCUGCCCGAAGAGAACCACAGCCUGUUCCGGUGCAUCAUCGAUCUGCUGUACCAAACGGUCCAGCACCAAGCGACCAACAAGAUGUCGGCCGUCAAUCUGGCCACACUCUUCACGCCUCACCUGAUCUGCCCGCGGAAGCUCUCGGCCAAUGCACUGCACGAAACGGCUUCUCAGAUGUUCGCCAUCAUCGAGUUUAUGAUCAAAACGGGUGCCCGACUCUUUCACAUUCCCACGAAACUGGCCACCGACAUUCGGAUGUACUUUGUGGAGCAGAAACGCCGCAAAACGAUGUCCCCCGAGCAUAUCCUGAACGAAUCGACAACCUCCGACUCGGUCGCCAACACGGUCUACACGUUCGUCGAUCGGGAGAAGACGGCCGAGGCACACAUCAUGAACUCGACCGACACGGCUCUGGCCCAACUGUACGCUCACAUCCAGAGCUUGCCGGAGUCGUCCAAAAAGAAGAAGCUAGUUAGCAAGUUUAAUCGCCAGAACGGAUACGGAACGCCGCUGCAGGUGCUGAUGCUGCGCGAGAAGAAUGGCACCGCCGGGUCUGGCGGUGCUGGAUCCGGCGGUAGCGUAGGGCCAAAGUAUCCACGAUCGUUCGGAGAUUCCAUCAAGCGGCACAUCUUCCACAAGUCGCUGAUGUCGCGAACGCCGAAACGAUCGGGAACCUCCGGGGGCACCCAAACGCCGACGCUCUUCCAGACACCUAACGGGAGCAGCUACCACGGCGCGAAACAGCGCAUUCUCUUCCAGAGCCCGACAUCAUCCUCUUCGAGCAACAGUUCUCCGGUACCGUUGAAACGUUCUUCCGUACUUCCUCCCCCGUCGCUACCAUCCGGAUCCGGAACUCCUGGGUCGAAGCAAAACCCGUUGAAAGUAGGCUCGGAAACUCGAUCGCUGGUCGCGAAUGAUGCGAACCAACGGGAAAGUGAGACAAAAGAACACAAACGAAGGUCGACGGAAGUGACAGGAUCGGCUACGACGACCCCGACCCCAUCAUCAUCCGGGGUGCACACCGCAGAACCCGAGGACGAAUCGCAUACGGAGCGAAAACGCAGUCGCCUUGAGGGUGAUCGACCGGAGGAGCAGGAACGUCCCCGAUCGGUGGCGGUGGUGCGUUUUGCUCCCGACGAUGAAGCAAGUCAUUAUUCACCUCCCGUAGAUGAUGAGGAUUUCGUCGAACAAGAAGACGACGAUUUGAGUGCCGAUAGUCUCAACGGCAACGAUCACGACGAUCGCAACACCGAUACCGGCGAUACGGAAUCAACGGACGGUGAAGACUUUUCGCACGGAGUGCUACCGGAUCGAGUGCUUAGUGACACCGAGGACGAGCGUUACGGACCAUCGCCGCCCAUUCCGGGCUGUUCGUCGACACUCGGCGAAAGUCGCUCCCGGUAUCGAUCGGAACCGAACCUGAGUGCGAUCGCCCACCGGAAGCACUGCUAUCGUGCGCUGCCCGCCAACACCAAUUUACUCGUCGAAGAAGGUGACGCAGACGAUGGACCAGCAAUGGCCGCAGGUUCUAAACCCGGUACCCCAUCGGUCGAAACGGUCGGCAGCGCAACGAAGCAACGGAAAAAGAUCACCUUUUUUAAGAACAAACUUAUAAAGGGUGUGUCGAUGGGCAACCUGCGGUUUCCGUUCGGUAGCGAUAGCAAAUCGCACAAAAAAAACAACGCACACCGGCGGUCGAGCGAAGCCGUGGAUCGUGACGAUGCGCUGGAAGCGGCAACCGACCGUGGCGGGUGUCCGACGAGCUACCUAACGAGCACGCCCGGGCCGGCCACGCUCGAUGGCCGCAACUCGAUGUCACCGAUCACGAAGAGCACCCAGAGGAUGCCAAAAUCGAUGCAGGAAUCGAUCAUGACACCGCGUUCUCGCAAGCCGGUCAUACUGUUGGCCACCCUAAAUGGUGUGGAUCAGCAGCAGCAGCAGCAACAGUUGCUUUCAACUACGUGUGCCAGCUUUUCGAGUCUUCGUGAAGAAGAUGAAGAGUCCGAUCCGGAACCAAUGAUGGAACCGGCCGGCUUACUGCUCUCAACAGGACGCGUGGCUUCCCACGUUGAUCAAAGCAUCAAAAAGCUCAUCAACGAUACCGGUUUACCACCGAUCGCUGACGAAGUAGGACUGCCGCCGAUUCUUCCUUCGGUGGGCCACUUCCUGGGCGGUGGUGACGCUCCGGAACCUGUUUCGUCAUCCGACACGCUCACCACCAACUUUCGAGACUAUCUGCUCAGCCGCAGUGUAAUGCCCGAAAGUCCGACCGAUCUGUCGUUCGCCACGCAGUCGGAUGAUUUCGAGUCGUCGGCCGAAAUGCUCGAACGGUUGAGCGAAUCGAAGAUGAGCGAAAGUUUGCUGCACUGUCUGGACGGUAACGCACCGGUUGAACCUGCCGAUGGGCGGACAGGCGACAAAAUUAGCCACGUUGCUGCUGCCACCCGUGGCCCGACGGUGGAACCGGAAUCGACGGAGCUCGAGUUGGACGAAACCGCUCUGUGA